ACUGCUGCCGCAAACGGACAGCGGAUGUCGUAAAGCCUAAAGAGGUUGGUGUUGAAAAGAGUGGAGACAGAACCCAUUGUGGUGUUGGAGAGGAGUGAGCUGCCGCUGCCUCUGAGAAAGGAGAAGAAAAAAGACAAUCCCCCGCGACUACAAAGGGACUCCUGAUAAGAGGACAGAUAUGGACGUUAACGGACAACACACACGUUGUUGCCCUCUGUGAAGAGGACCGCGUCGUCCGGUCGGAAACAGCCGGUAUAUGAAGAGUUAAGACUCGACAACACAACUGUUUAUUCCUGCAGCUAGCAGGCUAGCUGGCUAGGUACCUAGGAGCUAGACAUGGGAAGCCCGUGUGAGUUUGCAUGAUAGAGAUCUUCGUCGACCUUUCGAAGAGAGGCUGUUUUCGGCUUACAUACUGUGGGCGGUGAUUUGAAGGGUCCGUCGCCCGCAUCGUGAGGAAACGCAACUUUGAAGAAUGAUAAGAAGUGAGCGCUAAAGCAUUUCUACUACAAUCCAAGAGAGGAAAAGUCACACAGGCCUGCUGGCUCAAGGUUGCACACAAACACAGAGGAGGGAGAACAUGACUCACCGGCCCCUGCCAGAGACUGGCACGGGGCAGCUGUGCCAACCUCGCCCCUGCCUGCCACUUUAGAAGCUGCCCUGGUACGCCAUGACGGAGAGGUGCUGAGGUAAUCCCCCUGACGAUCGUCCCCCCUGGCCCUCAAGAACCCCCCCUGCCCCUAUCCUGUCCCCAUCAUGCUGCGCUUCCUGCCUCUCAAACUGGGCCGCCUGUACCGCUGUCUGAAACUCUUGCUGGUGGUGGGAUUGUUUGUCAUCUUGUUGAUGAACACCCACAACCUGUUCGCCUCCUUCCAGAAGAAUGAGCUCACGGACAGACGCUUCAUCAACCUCAACAAGUGUCCCGCCUGCUUUGGCACCAGCUGGUGCAGAAAAUUCAUGAACGGCCAGGUAUCCUUUGAGACAUGGGGUCGACUAAGAUUCCUGGACGUUUUCAAUGUCAAGAAUGUUUACUUCGCUCAGUACGGCGAGCCCAGGGAGGGGACCCGGCGUGUGGUACUCAAACGGCUCGGCUCCAACCAGGAGCUGGCCGAGAUAGACCAGAAAAUCUGCAAGAGAGCCACAGGCAGGCCGCGCUGCGACCUCAUUCAGGCAAUGUACAAGACUGAGUUCGCAAGGAUCAACGGGGACGUGCGGCUGCUCACACCAGAGGUGGUGGAGGGCUGGUCGGACUUGGUGCACUGCCCCUCUCAGAGGCUGCUGGAUCGGGUGGUCCGCAGGUACGCUGAGACCAAAGACUCAGGCAGCUUCCUGCUAAAGAACCUCAAGGACACGGAGAGAAUGCAGCUGCUUAUGACCCUGGCAUUCAACCCGGAACCGCUUGUGCUACAGAGCUUUCCGUCUGAUGAGGGGUGGCCAUUCGCCAAGUACCUAGGAGCGUGUGGGCGCAUGGUAGCUGUCAACUACGUGGGCGAGGAGCUGUGGAGCUUCUACAACGCGCCCUGGGAAAAGAGGGUGGACUUAGCGCGUCAGCUGAUGGACAUCGCAGAGCAGCUCACCAACAACGACUUCGACUUCGCACUCUACCUGCUCGACGUCAGCUUCGACAACUUUGCGGUCGGGCCGCGCGACGGGAAAGUCAUUGUCGUCGACGCAGAGAACGUUCUGGUGGCGGACAAAAGGCUGAUCAAGCAAAACAAGCCAGAAAACUACGAUGUGUGGUACGAGAGCCGCUUCGAGGAGUGUGACCGAGAAGCCUGCUUGUCCUUCUCCAAGGACUCCCUCUGCAACAGGGUCACUGUGGACCACAACUACUACGCUGUGUGCCAGAACCUGCUGUCGCGGUACGCUACGUGGCGGGGCACCACCGGAGGCCUCCUCCACGACCCCCCGGCCCACAUAGCCAAAGACAAACAACUGGAGGCGCUGUUGGACGAGUGCACCAGACCCAAAAAGCGUUACGGCCGCUUCCAGGCGGCGAAGGAACUGCGCGAAUACCUCACACAGCUAGCCGCCGCCUCCUCGUCUGUAUCAGCCAGGUAAUGAAUGGAGUCGGCGUUAGCCCGACGCACUGAAAGACUGGAUCCUGUACCCUCUAUCCCCGGACUCUUGAGAUCCUGGUUCUUGUUCAUGAUGUCAUUCGCUCCCCCCUCCCUUUUUUGUGCGCUGGAAACCGGGAGAUGUUCGAUGUCUUGCAUCAGGAAGUGUAAGACUCCAACUUCAAAGCAAGAUUUGUUAAAGCUCUUGCUGUUACCUGACUUUGCUCCGGUGUGAAAGAGGAGUGCGGCGCUAAGAGAUUCUGCUUAGAACCAGGAUAGAGAGGGGAUAGAGGUAACCUCUCCUCUCCCUGGGUGGGCUGCCAUCCUUCAAAGAGGGGGAGGAAGGGGAGAAAGGGCUCUGGUAAACGCAUCAUUCACUGGACCCAGGCUUAAGCAAACCAGAGCAUUCAUGCAACAACAUGGCACAGCCCUGACCACAUCCAUCCUCCUGUUCACCCCCCGAUCUGACAGAACUGAUGUGUUUUAUGACACUGAAUCAAAACACCUGUUUCAUUCACCCCCAAAGGUCUCUUGUUUUUUUAUUUUGAAGAUUCUUUUCAGGGCUGAAUUUAAGUAGAUUGGUGCGUUUACAUUUUUUUUUUCUAGGCAAUUUUUCAUAUUUUUUUCUCUCUGUAGCGUGGCUGCAGUGAAGGCAAAGGUAGCAUGAAUCUCCUGCUGUCAGGCCAAGCUCACAGCAGGUGGAGUGGAGAGGCGGGGGGGGGGCUCGGGGGUUUCAUGCAGGACGAAAAAGAAAACCCUCGACAGCCGUAUAAGUCUAAUUUCCUGCUCCUCCAAUCAAUCACUUGAUUUCCAGGUUCCAGGAUUGUGGCAAUCAUCUCUUUUUUCUCUUUUUAGUGUGUUCUUUUCUUUUUUUUUAUAAUAGGAAGCAGAGUGAGACAGCUACACAUAGGAAAAAGGAAGGGAAUAAUUGGACAGUGGUCGGUCCCUUGAUGCAGAUGUGCCUAUACCAAAGAGGCUAUAUACAAUAUUAAGAACCCUGAGCAGUGCAGAGCGACAGCACCUUUCCCUCCAGUUGUUCCCCAGUAGAGCUGUCCAAAGGCACUGUAAUGUGUACACAAUCGUAUCAGAGCUGGCAGCCAUGCAUACUGAUGUUUCUGUUACUUUAUCCACACGUGUGCAAAGUCAAAGAUUCAGCCGGUUCAUGUCACGGACCCUCCUCUGCUUUGUGAACCUCCCAUGCAAAUGAGAAAUGAAGAUCAAGAUGGGGGAUAAAGAUGUUCUUCAUCAACCAAAAAAAAAAAACUGAAGUGGGAAAUGAAGUGAUUCUCGAGAGGA